AUGUUGCUACAUGCCUUACUUCUUGCCUAUCUCACACUGCGAUUUUUUUCUAAGCUCUAUACUAAUAUUACUCUGUAUCUCUCUCUCUCUCUCUCUCUCUCUCUCUCUCUCUCUCUCUCUCUAUCUAUCUAUCUAUCUAUCUCAGUGUCUUCAUAUCUAUCUAUCUAUCUAUCUAUCUAUCUAAGUCUGUCCUUUAUCUAUCUAUCUAUCUAUCUAUCUUCAUUCAUUUUCUAUCUACAUUCAUUAUUACUCUGUAUCUCUCUCUCUUUCUCUCUCUCUCUCUCUCUCUAUCCAUCUAUCUAUCUAUCUAUCUAUCUUAUUCCAUUUAUCUAUCUAUCUAUCUAUCUAUCUCAGUCUCUUCAUAUGUAUCUUGUAUUUUUUACUUGUUUUCUUUCUUUUUUCUUUCUUUCAUCCAUUCAUUCUUUCUUUCUUCGAAUUAUUCUGUUAUAUCGACCGUUCUCUCUUUUUUUUUUCUUCUUUCUUCUAUUCCCUCGUUGGCUCAUUCUACGUAUCAUUAUAUCUUUCUUUCCUUGGAUCAUUCUGUUCUUUCUUUUUUUUCUUUCUUUCUUUCUUUUUUUCUUUGAAUCAUUUCCUUCCUUCUUUCUUUCUUCGAAAUAUUCUGUUCUCUGGACCGUUCUCUCCCUUUCUUCUUUCUUUUUUUCUUACUUGCCUAUUUCUCUGCACUUCUUUUUCCUUUCUUGUUCUUUUCUUUCUUUCUUUCUUUCUUCAGAAAUAUUCUUUCUCUGGACCGUUCUCUUUUUCUUUCUUUUGCCUAUUUCUCUGCACUAUUAUUUCUUUCUUUUUCCUUGCACCAUUCUUGUUCUGUCUUUCUUUCUUUCUUUCUUUCUUUCUUCGAAAUAUUCUGUUCUAUGGACCGUUCUCGCCUUUUCUUCUUUCUUCUUUUCUUUUGUUGCCUCAUUCUCUGUACUGUUAUUUCUUUUCUUCUUCGCAUCAUUCUUGUUCUUUCUUUCUUUCUUUCUUUCUUUUUCUUUCUUUCUUUUUUCUUUCUUUCUUUCUUUCUUUCUUUCUUUCUUUCUUUCUUUCUUUCUUUCUUUCUUUCUUUCUUCGAAAUAUUCUGUUCUAUGGACCGUUCUCGCCUUUUCUUCUUUCUUCUUUUCUUUUGUUGCCUCAUUCUCUGUACUGUUAUUUCUUUUCUUCUUCGCAUCAUUCUUGUUCUUUCUUUCUUUCUUUCUUUCUUUCUUUUUCUUUCUUUCUUUUUUUCUGUAUUAUCGAUUUCUCUCUCCUUUUAUUUUGUUCUUUUUUAUUCUUUCUUUCGCCUUCAAGUUUAACGUUCAAGUGGUACUCGACUAA